CAGGGGAGACGCUGCCGUGAUCGAGGGAGAGGAAAAAAUAAAACCAGUUAUGAUGACAAAUUCUGGACAAGGACAACCUUUUCCGUUUACUUAUAACUUAUAAUUGAACUAUUCCAGCGAAUAGAAGUCGGGCAAAUGCGCGACCCGUUUCGUAGAUAGUCAUAGCCACUGUAUGCUUGGKAACCUGAAGAUAAUGUCAGGGAAUCAAUGGAUGAAAAUCCCCAAAACUACUGCAGUUGCCUGGCUGGAAUUCUCGUCUCGUACUGAGAGUAUCGGACACUUGGAAAUAAAAACGGUUAACUUAUAAGGACCACGGGAAGGAGCCACGACAUAUCUGAGUGUGAGGAAUUAUAACGGUGUCCAGUCGGUAUUUGGCUAGAUAACGCAUUUAAAGUUUGAACGGAAAGAAUAGUUUUGCUGCAUCGAAUUCCUUUGGACGGGAUGUCAUCUGCCACCGGUAGAAUUCCACGAGCUAACCGACCAUCUCCCUCUCUGUAAAGGAGGCCGAGCGAGCCAGGCGUGAAGAUGAGUGAUGCGGCAGAUACCAAGGGGUUGAGGCMAACCUUUAUCGUCCCCUCGAUCAAGGCUUUUGAUCACUAUGAUUUCACAAGGGCCAAAAUAUACUGUAGUUUGACAUGGCUUGUGGCCAAAGCCUUCGGCUCAGGUGGUGUGCCAGAGCGACUGGUGGACCCCUUCUACAGGGACCAGUACAGCCAGGAGCAUCUGAAGCCCCUGUGGCAUGCUGCUGCUGUCCGCAGAGCUCUACUGCGGGCGGGGAGCCUCAUCCUCCGCAGCGAUGCUGUCAAACCUCCUGGACACAACGCCAUCAUCCGCCUGGCACAGAAGGGACUGUACGUCACUGACCAGGACCGACCUGGUCACGAGAGGGACUACCGGACACCCAUACAUAUGAGUUCCCACCUGGCUCUGAUAGACACUCUGAUGAUGGCGUACACGGUGGAGAUGGUGAGUGUGGAGCGGGUGAUGGCCUGCGUCCACCGCUACUCCUCCCCUCCCAAUGACCUCUCCUCCCACCCCGACGGAUACAUCAGGGACCUGCCCUACGACACAGAGGACGCAGUCACCACCUGGAUCAACAAGGUGAAUGAGCACCUCAGGGAGAUUCUGGUGGAGGAGCAGAGGUUGAGAGAGAGCUCCUGCCCUGAGAGCACAGCUACUGCAUCACAGAGGGCUCGCUAUAGGAGGGAGCAUGCUAAGCAGAGGACAGCUCCCUCCCUCCCCCUGGUGGACAAUCUGCUAAAGGACAACACAGACGGCUGUGCCCUGGCCGCACUCGUCCACUUCUACUGCCCAACGUCUGUCAGACUGGAAGAUAUCUGUCUGAAGGAGACRAUGUCGCUGGCUGACAGUCUGUACAACCUGCAGCUGGUGCAGGAGUUCUGCAGGGACAACCUCAACCACUGCUGCCACUUCUCCCUGGAGGACAUGCUCUAUGCCCACUCUUCCAUCAAGAAUAACUACCUGGUGUUUAUGGCAGAGCUGUUCUGGUGGUUUGAGGUGGUCAAGCCUUCGUUUGUGCAGCCCAGAGUCUUUGACCCACAAGCCUGGGAUCUAGCUCCGUCAGCAAGGGCUAUGGCUCCUAUCUGUAGCCCAGCCAAACAGGACUUUGGGGACAUCCCAGAACACAAAAGGCUUCAACCAGACUCUGCUUCAGGUGUGAUAAAGAGGACGGCAUCCAUGUCCUAUGUGGACGGCUGUGUGGGGACGUGGCCUAAGGAAAGACGGUCUAGGGGCAUCUCCUUUGAGAUUCCUUUGGACGGGGAUCCUAACGUCCCUCCCUGUUGGGGUCCCUCACUCCGGGACAUGACCCGCUCUGCCAGCACUGAGGGCCUGGGGCGGUUCAAAGUUCACCACGCACCCCAGGGGGACAUGAAGAGCCACCUCUCCUUUCAGCCAGUCAGUGUCAACGGCCCUAGCAGCACCGCAGGACACAUUACUGAGGGGGACUACAACAGGGACUCACCAAACUCCCACAAAGCACUGGGGCGCGGGCAGACUCAGCCACACAAGAACCGGAACAGAUAUUCCAAUGGUGUUCUCAAAGAGAACGGCAAUGGCGGCGGCGGCAGCGGCCCCGUCAGCCCGUCGAGCCCCCCUAGCAUCGAGGAGGCUCUGAAGAUCAUCCACGACACAGAGAGGCCCCACGGCAGUCUGGGGCCCGGGGCCAACGGCUUCUUCCUCCACGAUGGAGCUGAACCUUCAGACCCAGGGGACGACCCUGAUGACUACCCAGGAUCGGCUAAGGCCCGGGCAGACGAGGCCGACCCCUACUCAGCCUCUACGGAGGAAGUGGACACAGGGAUCCACGUGAAGUCGGAGGACAUCCAGGAGAGUUUGGACGAGGACAAUUCUUCCCUCAGGGACUACUCUGAUAUGGACCCUGACUAUGAGGCUAUGACCCGAUCCUGUCCCUUACCAGAGGGGAAUGGAGAGAGGGGGGUGAGGAGCAGCCCAUACCCCAGCUCGGUGUCCCCAGCCCCUCUGUCUCAUGCUCCCAGCCCUGCCUCGUCCUCGGGUGGUUCUGGCGGCGGACUGGUUCGCAUGACCAGCUUCGCCGAGCAGAAGUUACGGAAGCUGGAGGGGCGGAGCAGUGGAGGGACAACCCCCGAGAGCACUGAACUCUACGUUCCCAACAUGCCCCCCACACGAACUGCCACGCUCGAGAUCUCCAGCCCCACCCGCCCAGGCCAGACCCCGGCCACGCCCUCUCCCAGAGACCACACCCACCUGUUGCCGUCAGAUAUGGUGCACCUGAAGAUGAAGCUGGAGGAGAAACGCAGAGCCAUCGAGGCCCAGAAGAAGAAGGUUGAGGCAGCGUUCACCCGGCAUCGUCAGAAGAUGGGCCGGACAGCCUUCCUCAACGUGGUGCGAAGGAAAGGGGUGACCCCCUCGCCCACCAGCCCCAUCCCUGGGGGCCACGACCUGGACAAGCCCUCCCCAGAUCGCUUCUUCGCCCCUUCAGAAAGCCUGGGCCAGGCGGAGAGGUGCAAGCCCGACGGAGCCGCUCCCAAGUCCCCCUGCGAGGAGGGUGCAGGUGUCGGGGUUGGAGAGGUGGACCUGGGCGAGUACACUCGCUCCAUCGAGAGGCUGAACACGUCCCUGGGGUUCCUGCAGACGGAGAUGCAGCGGCUGGCCCAGCAGCAGGACAGGAUCAUGACCAUGAGGGAACAGCAACAGUCCUGGGUCAUACCUCCUCCAGCGCCCUCACCACACAGGCAGCUCCGGGAGCUCCGCAGCAACAGUGUAACCGGCCGGGGGUCCGUGGGGUCCUUGUCCCCAAUCUUGUCCUCGGCGGGCGGUUCCCCCCGCGCCGCCCACCGUUCCGCCGGCGGCCUCAAGCGCCGACCGGCCUCCUUCCAUGCCAGCACCCCUCACACCCCACGCACCCCACGCCCCACCGAGCUCAAGGUAACCCCCUUCCGUCGGAUGCUCGACACCCCCACGUCCGUGGACAGUCUGCCCAGGCUGAGACGCUUCUCACCCAGCCAGACCCAGGUCACCUCCUUUGCCUACCUGGGACACGACGAAGGACCUGGGGCCACGGAGGGCAAGGAGAGAGGCGCCACAGGGGGAACAGAGGAGCCCCAAAACCAAACCAAACCACCUGAGACAGAGGUAGCGGGGGCGGGGAUAAGGAGUGCCGGCGCUCGUCCCUCCUCGCCCACCGCAGCGCCAGCCGAAGGGAGAGAGAAGGAGAGGAAGGAGGAGAGGAGAGACGGAGGGAAAACGGAGAAGUCGGCAGAGGUGCUGUCUCAGCCAGUGAGAGACCUGACGGAGGAGCCGCCGUCGUCGCUGAAGCCUUUGGGUGGACAGGGUCUCGAGACAAGUGGAGAGGGGGAGAACAGAGGAGAGCCGUACGGAGAGGACCAAAAAAUGUGCUGUGGUUUCUUCUUCAAGGACGAUGGGAAGGGAGAGGAGGACAUGGCGGUGAAGAGGGCUGCUCUGCUGGAGAAGAGGGUGAGGAGAGAGAAGGAGACGCAGGAGAAGAAACAGCAGCAGGAGCUGGAGCAGGAGCAGAAGAAGGAGGAAGCACGGCUGAAAGCGGAGGAGGAGCAGCAGAAGCGAGAGGACGACAAGCAGAGGAAAGACUACAUAAAGAACGAGUACAUGAGGAGGAAGCAUUUGAAGCAGGUGGAGGAUAUGGAUGUCAGGCCCCGCCAUGGAAGUCUUAAAAAGAAGCCCCGCCCAAAAUCCAUGCACAGGGACGUCAUGGAGUCACCCAAACCACCCGCCAGAGCCACAGGUACUCGACCGCGUGGGUUCUCAGUCUCCAGCAUGUCCCUGGCCUCCCUCAACCUGGUUGACAACGACAGCAACGCCGGAGAUAAGAGGAUCCCCAGGCCAGACUCUGCUAGGCCAGACUCUGCUAGGCCAGACUCUGCAGAGGGCAAUCUGUCGUCCUGCCCGUCUCGAAACGGAGAGAAGGACUGGGAGAACGAGUCCACAACCUCCUCCACUCCCUCCAACCAAGAGUACACAGGGCCAAAGCUGUACAAGGAGCCCAGUGCUAAGUCCAACAAGCAUAUCAUCCAGAACGCUCUGGCCCACUGCUGCCUGGCGGGCAAGGUCAACGAAGGACAGAAGAAUAAGAUAAUAGAUGAAAUGGAGAGGUCGGGGGCCAACAACUUCCUGGUUUUGUUCCGAGACACGGGUUGCCAGUUCCGCUCGGUGUACACCUACUGCCCUGAGACGGAGGAAAUCACCAAGCUGGCGGGCAUCGGGCCCAAGAGCAUCACAGCCAAGAUGAUCGAGGGCCUGUAUAAGUAUAACUCAGACAGGAAGCAGUUCAGCCACAUCCCUGCCAAGACAAUGUCAGCUAGUGUAGACGCCAUCACCAUCGCCGCUCACCUGUGGCAGACCAAGAAGCAGGGCACGCCCAAGAAACUGGGUAGUCUCAAGUAGUCACAGCAACCACCCCUUUCAUACCAAACCCAGGAUAUUGUUGCUAGGUGUCCUGAGUUAUAGUUGAGGACUGAGGGGAGGCGUUGCGGGUUAUCCGACCCAGGAACGGCCAAAUGACCUGGGAUAUUACAGGGUCUGGUUUGGUAUGAACAGUGCUAAAGAGUCCAUCUUUCUAAUCUUCUUUCCCAUUCAGAUAUGUUAAUGAACACUUACACUUGGCAUUCGUCUGGAUCUGAUAUCGGAUGUGCCGUUUAAUUUGAUGAAUAUGUGGUAGGUGGUUUUCUUCGAAACAGGACACUAUUGACUUUAUGCACAACUGGAAUGUAGGGGGAAAGAACAUCAACACAAGCCUCAAGGGACAUUGUUGUUGUUAUGCAAGACUGUGUGUGUGUGUGUGUGUGUGUGUGUGUCUGUGUCUGUGUCUGUGUGUGUGUGUGUGUGUGUGUGUGUGUGUGUGUGUGUGUGUGUGUGUGUGGGACCCAGAGUCAUUCUAAUGGUGCACAUGUGUGUACGUUCGUCAGCAUGCAUGGGUGCCCAUGUUCUCGUGUGCCAAAAAAUAAGGGGCUGAUGAAAGGCUUACUGAAUCGGACCACUGAAGCACUGAAUGUCAUUCCUUUCGAAAUAGACCGAGUUUGAGUUCCCUAUGUUCAUCAUGUGUGGCCUUAUGCUUGUUUUGUGGAAGCGCAGUGAUUAGGUCAUAUUUCAGCGCCAAAUGUGAUGUUUUUGUGAGUACAGGAUGAUACGUAUACGAGAGCUUGUUGAGAGUGGCUGUGUGUGAGGCUUGCUUUUCUCUGUGGCUGAAAGAUGAGACUGAGAAGUUGGGUUUACAUAAUGUGUCAAUAGUUAAGUAGGUUGUCAUAACUUCCGAUAAGAACUAGAUUGUAAAAUCAGUGAUUAAGUAUAAUCUAGUUCACAGGAAUGUCAGCAACUGACUCAUAAUUUAUUGUAUGUUUUUGAUAAGGCUUUGGAAGUUUUUAAAGGUCCACUGCAGAUGUUUUUAUCUCAAUAUCAAAUCAUUUCUGGGUAACAAUUAAGUACCAUAUUGUGAUUGUUUUAAAUGGUCAAAGAGAAACAAAAAUAGCUUAUUAGCAAAGAGCAAUUUCUCAAGCAGUAAUUUUGCUAGGACAGUCUGGGAGUGAGCUGUUAUUGACAGAGAGGUUUGGAACUCUUUCUUAUUGGUCUAGUAACUAAUUUAGUGCAUGGUGAUGUCACUAUAGAAGGCCAAAACCCCUCCAACCAAAACAGGCUGAAAUUUCAGGAUGGUCUUUUCAAACAGCUCUUACACUAGAAGGGCAUUUACCAUCCUUUUCACUAUUUCCCAGUAUUAUUCCAACCUCAUAGUGUGGACAUAUAUAUAAAACACAGGAAAAUGAUGCUUUUGACUGCACUGGGGCUUUAAAGGCUUUUAAAGUUUCAUCAACAGAGGUGCGUAACAUACUUUAAGACCAUAUAUAGUGUAUAAGUUCAUUUAGUUUGUAUAUAAUGGCUAUUCCAUUCAAAAUGAUUGAGUGAAACUAGCGUUUAUCAUUUAAUAUGGACGUAUAUAAACGUACUAUACUGUAUAUGGGGCCUUCUAUUGUUUAAAAAUGCAAUGUAUGAUCCCUUUUCAAUGUCACUGGCAGGACAAUUUCAAGCUUCAGAAUAGAAGCAAGUUCCACAAAUUGUGUCAUGAGCCUGUGCAAUUCCGAGAAAAUAUCUUAUAAAAAUCCUUGUUGGCAUACAAUACCAGUCAAAAGUUUGGACACACCUCUACUCUUUCAUGGGUUUUUCUUUCUUUUUACUAUUUUCU